UUUUCUUACCUUUAUAUUUUAUAUAUUCACUAGCAUAUUUAACAUGAACAUUGAUCUACAUAAACUUUAUUUGAAAUUUAAAAGCAACAACAAUAGCAAAAAUAAAUUUAAAUAAAUCGUUGUAAAAAUAUCCUUUUGGCUACAGCGCCCUCUCUGGUUGAGACAAGCAUAACCUGUGUUUAGUGUUACCAGGAGACUUCUUAAAACAGAAACAGCUACAUACGGUGUCCCCCGCAACAAUUCUAUAAAUGGAAACAGUGGAAAACUCUGAUGAGUGUAAUGAGAAGGAGAGGUUGAAGAUGAAGAUUGCAGUUUUGGAGGAAAGUGUGGAGUCCUGCGAGCUGGAGUGCAAAGCCAGCAGCGAGACGAUGUUGAGGAGGGUGGCUGAGCUGGACCAAGAGAGGAGGAAGGCUGCCAGCAGUGCUGCAGCACUUGAAUCACUCAAAAUGGAGUUGGAUGGCCAGGCAUUGGGAAGGAGAAAUGUUGAGAUUGAGAAGGAAACGUUAAGCCAAAGGCUGCAAGCCAGCAGGAGAGUGAUAGAGGCAGCCAGAGAGUCACAUUGUUUGGAAAAACAGGUGGAGGAGCUUCAGAAAAAGACCCAUGCGGCUGAGGUUAAACUUCAGGUGUUCCUGGAAGAGAUGGCCAGCCUCCUACAGGGGACGUCUGAAAGUGUCAUCCUGUCCACAGAAAGAGAUAUUUUAGAGAAACUGGAUGACCUCUGCAAUAAGACUGUGUCAGAGAUUAAGAUGAGACUUAGCAGUGUCACUGAGGAGCUGAAAGAGCAGAUGGAGCUCCAGCACAACACACUGCAGAGGGCUCAACUUGCAGAGCAGCAAGUCCAGAACUUGAGAGAGAGACUCCAAAGUCUGGAGACUCAGCUUCUGACAGCAGACAUGCAUCAUGACAUGCUGAAACACAGCAAACAGCAUGUAAGUAAAGUCAUAGAAGCAGGCUUGAGGUUGUGACAGUUUCAGAUAUUUGCAUAAUAAAAUAUAUUUGCCAAGUAUUUACAUCAGUGACCACUGCUCUUUUUAUGAGGAGUUCCUGGAACAGCUAUCAGAGAUAAUGAAGGUUGAAAAUAUUGCUGAUGUUGGUUUUGACAUGAGGCUAAAAGUCAUCCUGUCACGCACAGAACAACUUGUCAAACAAGAAGCAGCUGCUUUAGUGGAGAGCAAAAGUCUGAUGUACACCUUACAGCGUCCUCAGAGGAAAACAGAAUUUUAGAGCCAGUGUACUAAUGAUGGAUGAUGAACUUAAACAAGAUUGUCCUCCUUCAUUGUUUAGUUGGUGGAUUUCCGGAUCCUGGUUUCUGAGAUGUUGGGCCUGGACUCUACAACUCUGGCUCUUCCAAAUCAUGAAAUCAUCAGAUCACUUGAAACUCUUCUU